AUGAGUCUGAACGUGCUUGUGCUCAUGGAGCGAAUAUCCGACGGCCAAAGUUCUCCAGCUGAGGUUUCGACUUCGGGAUUGUUUCAGAGGCUCAGGCACAACACGGAGCUCAGGCAGUGGUUCGAAGGAUCUUGGUUGUGUAGCUGCAGCGGCCCCAGAAACGCGCCGCAGUCAAGUCUUGGUUUCAUGUUUUCGAAGAGAAGCGAGCAUGGCAAUCCGUCCGUGCAAGAGAAGAUUGAGGUCAACUCCUCGACUUUCGACAUGUCACUUGAAGAGGAAGGAGAAGAAGUCUACUCAAGGCGAAAGUGUCUCGGGCUGAUCAUGAAAGCCAGCCUGAAAGGGAAGCAGGGGCUGCGAAUAGAAGCAGUCGCACCAGAAGGUCCUGCCAAGGAUAGUGGGGUGAUCAAGGUUGGCAUGUACCUGACGUCGAUCAAUGAGACCAGUCUGGUGGAGCUGGAAAAGGCACCUUGCUGCUGUCAUGGACCUGUUCUGACCGAGAAGCAGGAGAUGCUAGGAAACGAUGACAGCUUCCAAGGGAAAGAAUCGCUGUGGUUUCAGCGCAUCAUGUCGAUCAUAGAAGAGGGAGGCGACGACGUCAGAGUCACUCUAGUGAAAGAUGGGAAGAACAAACAGAUCUCAGUCCGGCUGACAAGGAGAGAGUUGAACUGCGGUGUGAGAUUCUCGGAGAUGGCCCUGUCGCGCUCAGGACGCAAUCUGAGGUUAUAG